AUGUGUUACUAUGGCAGAUACUAUGGAGGCCUGGGCUAUGGCUAUGGUGGCCUAGGCUAUGGCUAUGGCUAUGGUGGCCUAGGCUAUGGCUAUGGCUAUGGUGGCUAUGGUUAUGGCUGUUGCCGCCCACUGUGCUGCAGAAGGUACUGGUCCUGUGGCUUCUACUGA